GAUCAUUAGAAUUUUGGGAGGGGAUGCUACCAUAUAGCAUCGCGACUCACAGUAUCUGACUUUAGUCUCUACCUUUAUUCUAUUCGACAAGAUUGUUCAAAAGUUUCUGCUUUUUAUUAUUUUUCAACACUCAUAUACAUACAAAACAACAACACAUCAAAAAUGCCGGCCCGUAAUAAGGAACAAGAAGCUGAAAUUCUAAAUUGGAUUGAACAAGUUAUUGGAGAGAAAUUACCAGCUGGAAAUUAUGACGACGUUCUAAAGGAUGGAGUUAUUCUCUGCCAACUUGUUAAUAAACUUACACCAGGAGCGGUUAAAAAAAUUCAAACCAAAGGAACAAAUUUUCAACUUAUGGAAAACGUUCAAAGAUUCCAGGCAGCUAUUAAAAACUACGGAGUACCACAGGAAGAAAUUUUCCAGACCGCCGAUCUCUUUGAAAAACGAAACAUCCCUCAAGUUACUCUUUGCCUUUUCGCGUUAGCAAGAUUGACACAAAAACAUCCUGAAUACAAUGGACCAACUCUAGGACCAAAAAUGUCCGAGGAGAACAAAAGGACAUUUACUGAAGAUCAACUUCGUGCCAGUGAAGGUCAAGUGAAUUUACAAAUGGGUUUCAACAAAGGUGCCAGUCAAUCUGGACAUGGUGGAUUUGGAAAUACUCGACACAUGUAAAUUGUUUAAAUUUUCUGAGUUGUGGUUUACAACAUAAAAAGAAGAAAUUUGUUCAAACCAACUAAACAAUAUAUCGGACUAUUCAAACAGAAACUUGAUAAUUUCAAAAUAAUUUAAAAAAUAUUCUUUAAAAGUGAAAUGGAAAACAUUAAUUCUAUUUUAAAUAUAAGAAUUUAUAAUAUAAAAACUUAAAAUAUGCCUAAUCCCAAAGAAAUUAAAAUUAAAAUGUUAUAUAAAAAUUACUGCCUAUUAUAAAUUUAAUAAACUGAAAUAAAAUAAUAUAAUUUAUAUAUAAAAAAAAA